AUGUACUCCAUUGUUGUGCAUUUAACUGCAUUAUUCUAAUGACCACUCAAAAUGGUCAUACUUUUGUUUUCUUUGUAUUAUUGGUUAUGGAGAUAUGUUCUGCAGCUAGAACACUCCUAAAUUAUGAGGGGCCUGUCCAUCUGCCUGUUGUAGGCUAUGGCGCAGGCCAUGGCAUUGGGGGCAAUGCUGGAUCAGGGUAUGGCAGCGCUAGUGCUAGAGGUUAUGGUGGCGGAGGAGGUGCAGGAAGUGGUGUUGGUUAUGGAGCUGUAGGAGAGCAUGGUGCUGCUGGACAUGGAGGUGGUAGUGGUGGUGGAGAAGGUGGUGGUUUUGCCUAUGGAGGUGCUAGUGGACAAGGUGGCGGCGGCGGUGGAGGAAGUGGUGGUGGAGGAGCUCAUGGUGCUGGGGGCACAGGAGGAUAUGGAAGUGGGGGUGGUGAAGGAGGUCGGUUUGGCUACGGUGCUGGUGGAGAACAUGCUGCUGGUGGUGGAGGAGGAGGUACCGGUGGUGGCGGAGGGUCCGGAUUUUCCGGAGGGCAUGGUAGUGGCUAUGGAGGAGGAGAAGGUGGUGGUGCUAGUGGGGGUUAUGGUGCUGGUGGAGAACAUAAUGGAGGAUAUGGAGGUGGCAAUGGGCAUGGUGGUGGUGCUGGAGGAGGUUAUGCUGUUGGAGGAGCAAGUGGAAGAGGAUAUGGGAGCGGUGGAGGAGCUGGGGCUGGAGUUGGUGGUGGUAGCUAUGCAGGUGGUGGUGGUGGAGGUUUGGGUGGCGGCAGCGGCUACGGUGGAGUGCACGGAGGUGCAUAUGGAGGAGGUGGUGGGGUUGGUGAAGGUAGUGGUCAUGGUGGUUAUGUUCCUUGAAAUUACCUUCACUUAUUUGUCACUAAAGAUAUGCCUCGUCUUACCUUAUUAAAUUAUGAGCAUUAAUAGUAGUAAAUGGGAAAACAAAAUAAGAAAAACAUAAUGGUAAGUGGAUAUUUACAAAUUUGAGUGUAUUACGAAUCCCAGUUGUACGCUACCAAAGGUUGUAUCUACUAUCUAUUCAUGAUUAAUAUGGAUUCUUGAUGAUUGUU